GCUCACUCCCAUUCCCACCAUUCAGGUUCAUGUACAAUCAAUGUUGUGUUGCGCCAACUGCAGAGUCCAAGAGUAUGUAACACAUGCUGUGCAGAGUAGCAAUGACAUCGGCAACCAGAGCACCAGGGCUCUCCCUCGUGGGAGGAGCGAGCCUCGUCUUCAAACUGCUGUUUUACGCACCACCAAAAAUCCUCUUCAUCCUCCUCCGCUGCUACACUCUCGCCACACUACGCGGUAUCUCCCUCAAGCACUGGGAAACAUGCGCCUACUUCCGAUUUGCCCUACUGCAUCUCAGCCCGAGCCAGAUCCAGUUCCUGGCCCCGUCCACUCGCAAGACCUACACCUCCUGGCUUACCAGCCGGCAGUCCCGCGCCGCCAGGCUCACUCGUAAGGACCCCAACGACAAGGAAGCCAGCUUCCUCGCCUCCCGCCUCAAGAUCGACACCGAGGCCCUCCCCGACGGCGAGUCCUCCCUCCUCUGGAUCGGCGACCGCCACAAGGCGACCAAGUUCGUCUACUUCUUCCACGGCGGCGGCUACGUCGCGCCCGGCCGCACCGGCCAUAUGGAGUGGUGCACCCACGCGUACCUGCUCGCCUCGCCCGCGGCCGGUGGGCGCGGCGCAGGAACUGCCGGAAGCGAGGAGGUUGCCGUGGCCAUGCUGCAGUACACGCUCGCUCCGGGCGCCAAGUACCCGACCCAGCUGCGGCAGGCGGCUGACGGGUUGGCGCAUCUCUUCGCCUCGGGCCGGGUAAGGCCGGGAAAUUUGGUCAUUGGUGGGGACUCGGCUGGGGGAAACCUCACCGCGCAGCUGCUGAGCCAUUUGCUAAAGCCUCAUCCGGCGGCGCGGGAGGUGGUGCUGCAGGAGCCGCUGGCUGGUGCGUUUUUGGUGUCGCCGUGGCUGAGUACCUCGAUUGAGUGGGCGAGUAUGAAGAGGAAUAGCAGCAUUGACAUGAUCUCGACCAAGGCCAUGCGUGCAAUCAAGGUGGACGUUUUGGAGGGGGUUGACGCGUAUGUGGUUGAGGCCAGGGAGAAGAAGGGGUGGGUUACGCCGAUGAAUCUUGAGGAUGUCGAGGGGUGGUUCAAGGGGUUGGACCGUGUGACCAGGCAGGUUUAUGUCACGGCUGGCGAGCAGGAGAUUAUGCUCGAUCAGGGGGUUGCCUUUGCGGAUGCGGUGCGACGGGGGAAUCCUGGGGUUGAAGUGAGGUUGGACGUCACAAAGGAGGAGGCACACGAUUGGAUCUUGAUCGAAGGCGAGAAGGCACUCGAUGGCGAUGCCACACAGCGGAUGAGGGCUUGGUUUAGGAAUGUGGUUUGGCCAUAAAUAAUGGGUAACUCCAUGUCCGUGGACAAACCUCCUCCUACUACCCCGUGUAUAGAAGCCCCUGCAGAAAGGAUGGCACCCGCGAAGAUGAUCAUUAGUUGCGUCUUAAGUUUCUCGUUAGUGGUUCAUUGACAUAGUUAUCAAUUUACACACUGUACGGAC